GCAAGAGGUUCAGCUACACCAGCUGUACUGUAAACAGUGUAGCCAGGGCCAGUAAGCUAGUGAAGGUAAACUGACUCCUGACAGUUAUUUUAGCUUCGCAGAGGCGCUUUAGAAUUUAAGAUUCGCUUUGGCAAGGUGGUCAUUGACAUUUACCCGAUUUACUGCGCAGAGAAGAAGACUGCAACAAAACACUGCAUGAGUGAGGCCUGGCGAUAAUGUGAACUGGAGUGGGUCAGGUUGCAGACAUGGCUGAGGAUGGCAAGACGAGGCCGGUGGCGAUGUCAGCGGCGGUCAGUCCAUCUCUGUCCUCCGUGCGGCAGAAGUACCACAGCAGCAGGCAUUCCCAGGGCCUGCUGGAUGGGCUGCUGGCGCUGAGGCACGGUGGCAUCUUGUUUGACGUGGUGCUGCUGGUGGAGGGCAAGCCUAUCCAGGCCCAUCGCAUCCUCCUGGCAGCGUCCUGUGACUAUUUCAGGGGGAUGUUUGCAGGGGGGCUGAGAGAGAUGCAGCAGACAGAGGUUUCAGUGCACGGCGUGACCUACGUGGCUAUGACCAAACUACUGGACUUCAUCUACACCUCUGAGCUGGAGCUAGACCUGGACAAUGUGCAGGAAGUACUGUCAGCUGCCACUCUAUUGCAGGUUCAGGAGGUGAUCGGCUUCUGCUGUGAGUUCCUCUUCUCCUGGCUGGACGACGACAACCUGCUGGAGGUGGAGAAGUUGGCCGACGUCUACGGCCUGGACCAGCUGGCCGCCAAGGUGCACGGCUACCUGCUGAAGAACAUCCGCAGCCUGUCGCGCCUGCCGGUCUACCGGCAGCUGCCCGCGGACAAGGUGUUCAGCGUCCUGAGCAGCAACGACCUGGAGGUGGAGUCGGAGAACGAGGUGUACGAGGCCGCGCUGCACUACCACUACACCCCCGAGCAGGUGGAGAAGGACCAGGUGUGCCUGCAGGACCCCAUGCGGAUGCUGGAGGCGGUGCGUUUCUGCCUGAUGGAGCGCGGCGUGCUGCAGCGUCUGUACGGGCGCCUGCACGAGGCUCGUCCGCUGCGCGAGGCCGUGUCGGCCGCGCUGCACUACCACUCCCAGGAGCUGUGGCAGCCGGUGCUGCAGAGCCCGCUCACCCAGCCGCGCUCCACCUUCCGCUGCCUGCUGGCCUUCGGCGGCAUGUUCUCCUCGGGCGCGCUCGACGACAACGAGGAGCGCUUCCAGGUCUACCACCCGAGCUGGUCGGAGUGGCGCAGCCUGCCCGCCGAGCGGGCGCCGCGCAUGUCCAACAUGGGCAUCGCCGUGCUCAACAACUUCAUCUACCUGGUGGGCGGAGACCGGAACACCAGCGGCUUCCGCGCCGAGACGCGCUGCUGGAGGUACGACCCGCGGCACAACAACUGGUGCACCAUCGAGCCCCUGCAGCAGCAGCACGCUGACCACUGCGUCUGCGUCCUGGACGGCCACAUCUACGCCAUCGGGGGCCGCGACUACAGCAACGAGCUGGACUGCGUGGAGCGCUACGACCCGCACCACAACACCUGGGAGUACGUGACGCCGCUCAAACGCGAGGUCUAUGCCCAUGCCGGAGCAGUGGUUGAUGGGAAGAUUUACAUCGCCUGUGGGCGCCGGGGUUCGGUCUACCUGAAGGAGACCUACUGCUACGACCCCAGUGCCAGCCAGUGGGCGGAGUGUGCCGAGGGCCCCGUGGAGAGAGCCUGGCACGGCAUGGCAGCCCUCAACGAGCGGCUCUACGCUGUCGGGGGCAGCAACGACGGCUGUGGCUACAGGAGAGAUGUCUUCAAGGUGGCGUGCUACAGCCCGCGCUCCGACUCCUGGUCCCUGGUGACGCCGGUGCCGGCGGGUCACGGCGAGCCGGGCCUGGCCGUGCUGGACGGCCGCAUCUACGUCCUGGGCGGGCGCUCGCACAACAAGGGCAGCCGCAUGAAGUACGUGCACGUGUACGACGGCGAGCUGGACGGCUGGGAGAGCGCCGCGCCGCUGGAGGACCGCGUGUCCGGCCUGUCGGCCUGCACCGCCCUGCUGCCCUACGCCGUCCUCAGCCAGGCCCGCAGCUGGGAGCAGCACGCCAAGGCCUCCUGGGUGGAGGUGGACUGGGACGACUCGGACAACUCCAGCGAGGACUGACCUCCACCCGACCCCGUGGCGUGGCGUGGCGUGGCGUGGCGUGGCGUGGCGUGGCGUGGCGUGGCGUGGCGUGGCGUGGCGUGGCGUGGCGUGGCGUGGCGUGGCGUGGCGUGGCGUGGCGUGGUCGUCGGGUAGGGCAGUGGGCUGUUGUGAUGUGACAUGAUGGAGAUGGAUGGUUCCGGAGCGUUUCCCGAAGGCUCCGUCUGCACGAGAAGAGCACAGCGGAGAGAGAGAGGCUGCAGCUUCCACAUCGUCUCAGCAAAAACGACAUUUGAAGCACUUUGGGUUUUGGGCCUUUUGUCUCCACACUUGACUUGUGAAUGAGACUCGACUGAUGCAUCGCAACACAAUCGCAGUUCUCCCGUCCCACCGGUGCAUGAGAGCAACGCUCCUCUUCCCCCCCCCCGCUGCUGCAGUCCACUGGCUGCUCUUUAGCUCGGUACUCUGCGGGCCCCCCGAGUGGGAUCCUCCUCCUUUGUAUUUAUUUUCUGAGCGUGGCCAGAGUUUGUUUAGCCGUGCGGAUGCAUUCGGGGUUGGUCACGUCUGCUUGGUUCCCACACUGCGCUCCGUGUCGCUGGUGCGUCCGUGUCUGUGUCGCACCCCCCCCCCCCACACACACACACACACACACACUUCUGCUGCCGCUGACUCCACCCUGAACUUACCGAGCCCCCGCAGGGACAUGGUGGGAUUUUAUUUUUUUUAUGGUUCUUGUUUUUAGAGACUUUUGUGUUCCUUCGCAACGGUUUUGCAUUCCUUUGUAACAAGUUUUGCAUUGCCUUGCCAUGCCAUGCCAUGCGUUUGCAUCCCCUCACAAUAGCUUUGCGUUCCCUUUCAAGCCAAAACUAUUGCCAAGGAAUGCACACUGUAUUGCUAGGGAGCACAUAUGUAUCGUGGGGGAAAUUGCUCAACCCCCCUCCCACCAUCCACUCAGUUCCCCGCGGGGGCUUUGCAGCACUUGCAAUGACACUCUGUGUUUCCUUCGUGGAUAUCGCGGUCAAUGCAGUUUCAGCAAAGACCAGACGAGGGCUUUUCUUCAUCUAUUUUUAAUCAGUGGCUUUAUUAAGGCAGCUAAAACUGUGAUUAAUGGCACCCUAGAUUGCAAGAGUACGCUGGCAAUAACCGUGCAAGUGAUUAUGAUUAUUACUUCAAGGCUUCUGAUUGUGACGGUCGCUGUUGUUGCCCAUAUUCAAUACUGGUGUGUAUUUAUUAGGUAGCAUUGUCUUUUCACUUUUAAUGGGAGUACAAGAUCAAAAAGCAGUGUAUGAACAUGCAGUAGGGUGAGCUAAGCUAAAUGGGAGGGACUUCAAUGAAAACACUCAUGAUUUAUCAUAGGUCUGUGCAUUGGCAUAUAAGGCAUUGAUUCUCAAACUUCCUCUGCCCCCAAGAAUAAUCUGCUUGGUGUUCAUUUUUACACACACACACACACACACACACACACACACACACACACACACACACACACACACACACACACACACACACACACACACACACUACUACUAAAGCUUCCUAUGCCCCCCAUACAGUGUACUGAUACUUAGCUAAGGCUAGACUGCCUACUGUGAACAGUAUCACGGUUUGGAGAGACUAAACAAGUGAAAAGUGAUGGUUUGUUGUUAUUUGUAAGAAUGUUAUUUUUUCGCACAAUCUGGCAACCCUCAGACAUUUUCUUGAGACCCUCUGGUUGAGAAGCACUGUUAUUUGCAGAUGUGUCUGUUUUCUCAUGUUUCUGAAUUCAUUAGAGUUUAAAAGUUUUGAAGUGGUUGCAUGUAAAAGAUGUCUUUGCCAAAGAAUGUAUUGAGGAUGCCACAAAGAUUAGUGAAUCAGAUUGAUCUGACAGGACGACAGAACCGUGGUGAUCACGUGUGGUGUGGUUUGACCUGAGGUGCGUCAUGGUCAGUUAUUCAAGUUGUUUUCAUCAUUUUUGUGCUUCUAUUCCGUUGCUUUUUGCCAGGUUUGUAUUGCAGAGAACCAGGAUUCCAGAAAGAUGAAUUGAGAAGUUGGUGUGUUGGGAGAGCACUUUGCUCAUCCUCCAGUACAAUGCCAUGUACCAAUGUGUCCACUAGAGGGAGUUAGUGUCACUAGAGAGAGCUUGAGUUGGGAAACAUACUAGUCUGCACAUCAUGUUCUAAUUUGCGCUACUUUCUGUUCACUGUUGCAAUUCCUCAUGGGCUACCGCUGCAAUAUAAGGAGCACACGUUUAAAGCACUUUAAAAUAACACACACACAUGCAGAUUAGUUACUUUCUGUUUUUAAUGGGGUUUUUUGUUUGUUUGUUUGUUUGCUCCAUUGUGCCUUGUUUAUUCUCCUUCCCUACACUUGCAUCACUGAAGCUUAAUUCCUGUAAUGUGCCUCAUUGUUCCUUUCAACCCUUUAGAUGGAAAAAAAAAAGAUGGACGCAUGCUGGCCAUACGCUUUAUGUGACAAAGUGCAAUUACACCGCAGGUCAUCAUUGCCAUGCAAAAAUCAACAGCCAGCUCACUCAUGUUCUUUGUCAUUGCCAUCUGUGUUUGUGUCUGUGUUAAGACACAUUGGUGUUCACUGUCAUCUGUUAAUUGUAUUGAUGUGCAUUUAGUUACUGUUUAAUACUCCGAGGGCGAUAGACUGACAUUUAAAGAAGCUGUAUAAUGUGAAUUAAAUACCUGUACUGGUUUAUCUUUAUGUAAUCCAAGCUAAUAGAUCACAUAUAUUACAGAUGAUAUAUGUAUAUGUAGAAUAUUGACAUGGUACGAAGGCAUUUUAGCAGCUGGAAGGGCUUUCUGUAAGAGACUGAUUGCGUGGCCAGGAGAUAAUACUGUAUGUCUACAUGGACCAGAAAUCCUAGUAGAGCUAAAAAAAAAAAACUGACAUUAAAUUUCGCCGCCUUUGACACAGACACCAGCGGUCACUUUUAUUGGGUUUUAUCAGUGGUCCUGAGAGACAUUGUUUGGUGUGACGGACGCUAUCCCCUCCAGAGGCUUGCGUGUCCAGUGUGAUGUUCCUUCAUCCCUCUCUCUGCUCCCCCACACUAACAUACAGAGGCUGCUGUAUGUGAAUGUGUCGCUGCCACUUGGAUACGCUCACAUUUCUACGCCGGCUGCUUGCUCAGUGUUACUGCGGUCUGUUAUGAUAUAUCAAGAGUUUUAUGACUUUACUAGUUCCUGUUCCCAACAACCAAGAGAUGUCAAUGUAAUGAUUUAUAACCUUCAAUCAGCUGUGGUAUUGGUUGUUUGUGUCUUUCAUUCACAGCUGUUUGUGUGUGUGAUUGCAAGAGUGUGUGUGUCAGAACUUUCCCCUCACAUUGAUUGUGUGCACUGUGCAGUAUUAAUUAAAAUAUAAGCUAUAAGCA